AUGGGUGGUUUUAAUAACGUUAUCUUAUCUAACAGUCACUUCGUUCCUCAUUACAAUGUUUCCACUGGUAUUGAGCGUCUUACCGUUUUACUGAAAGAUAAAGAGACAACGGCAACGAUUUAUCCCAUAUUCUCGUCUGAAGAUUUGCCAUUUGAGCUUUUGCGAUUUUUAACACAGGAAUACAAUGAUGAGAUCGCUAGGGGAGACACUCAACCUUUCUUUGAACCUUUAACAAUCGACGAGUUCAGGGAUUACUGGUUUGGUCAGUUUGCUGCUGUGAUGGUGUUGGGGGACGACCCAACUUUGGACACAUCGUGGUCGCAUAAGGAAUGGGCCAAGAGAUGUCUGGGAACAUUUUUCAUUAAAGCAAGUUAUCCGGGCAGAUGUGCACAUGUGGCAACAGCAAACAUCCUCGUGAAUGCAGGUAUUAGAGAGAAAGGCAUAGGCAGAAUAUUAGCCGAAUGUUUCCUUGCAUGGGCUCCAAAAUUAAGUUAUACUUAUGCGAUGAUGGAGCUUAUUUUUGAGACGAAUGCCGCGGCAAAAACUGUUUUAGAAAGCCUCCACUUCAAAAAAGUCGGGCGAAUCAAAGGCUGUGGACUACUCAAAAGUAGCAAAGAUUCCUUGAUAGAUGCUAUCACUUAUGGUAGAGAGUUGGAUCCACCCGAAACCAGGAUUGACCAGAAUUCAAAAUAUGAGAAAAUUCGUAAUUUCAUACUCACAAGAAAGUAUCCAGAUGAUGCAGAUCGACAGGAGAAAUCCCGAUUAAGAGCUCUCGCUUCCCACUAUACUGUGGAAAAUGGUCAUUUGUAUUUAAAAGGAAAAGAGGUCAUUAUGUCACAGAAGGAACAGCUUCGAAUUACCAAAGAUGCGCACGAACGUGGCCACAUCGGAAUCAACAAGACGACAUCUUAUUUAUGUGAUAGAUAUCACUGGCCAAAAAUCAAAGAGAUGGUGACUCAAGUUGUCAAAGCCUGCCCGGAGUGCAAGGACCCUACCCUCUUAUCCUUGAAAAGAUCGACAGUACCGACACCCAAGCUGCGAACAAAGUCGCCGAGACCGCACUACAUCCACCACCAGUCCCCAAAUUCUUCUUUAUCACAGCAGCCACCGGACAUUGCUCACAUAUAUCAAAACACACACAUUGAUUCGACUAAUCCUCUCAAUGAUAUUUUGGCAGGUUCUGGAAUCUCGGAUGUCGUCGAAAUGGUUCAGCGACAACAUCGCCACAUACAAGAACCUCAUCAAAGUCAUUCAUUUGCGGAUUAUGCGUCUCACUAUCACCCAAAUAUAGCCUCUAACUUCCACUACGACUCGCCUGGCGAUCAUUCAGAAACCCCUACUCCUGCAGACUCUCAAAAUUUGCGGUACAAAACCCCUAAUUCGAUUCCCAUUGAUCCAGCCGUUACUAAAUCACAUACUCAAGGCACUAAUGACAACUCAGAUGUUGCCGCUUCUUCGGAGAUCGAUAUGGCUCGAGCGUUGCUAAAUAGUGGACAGGGACAAUCUCGAAACUAA